AUGGUCAGGAGAAUAGUUCAAUCUAAGGAGAUCAAUCCAGCAUGGACUCUACAAUGGCAGGCUCAGUCAGUGGGGCCAGCCAGAGACCAUGAAGUUCCUUUCUUGACCAAACUCUCUGAUUUUGAUAAAAAGGCUAAGUCUAGCUUAACUUGUGGCCCUCUCUCUAAUUUCUUCAUGGUUAAUUGCACUAUUAGUUCUAGUAAUAGAUCAUGGCUCAUUUGGAAUAAUAAUGUAACUGUUGAAAUUCUUAAAUCUAAUAAAAUGCACAUUGAUACCUAUAUUACCGCUUGUAAUUCGACUAAUCAAUGGUUCACUAAUUCUCAUUUACUCAGAUAUACCUAUGAUCAUGCCCCUAUCAUCUUAGAGUUUUUUGAUGUGGAAGAAAACAUGUCAUUAUACUACAAAAAAAAAAGAAUUACCAUAUUUGAGCAAAUCUACACUACAGAUGAGGAAUGCAAUAUAAUUAUUGAUAACAGCUGGGGAUCAUCUAUAGGUGAAUGUCCAGGUAAGCUUAAAGAUGUGCUGCAUAGUCUUGAUAAUUGGGGUAGGCAGAAAUUUAGUGAUAUCCCCAAAAGGAUUAAAGAGUCACAAAAAUAUUGGGACAUCAUUGGCAAAAAUGUCUUAGAUUACACUCUCAACAUCCUUAACAAAGGAGGCAAUCCUUCUGACAUAAAUUUUACCUAUAUUAGCCUCAUUCCUAAAGUGGCUGAAUUCAGGCCAAUUAGGCUCUGCGAUGUGAUAUUGAAGAAUGUUACCAAGACAAUUGCCAACAAAAUUAAGAAAAUCCUGCCUAAUAUCAUCAAUAACACUCAAAGUGCGUUUCUUCCUGGAAGGCUUAUCACUGAGAACUCUAUUAUGGCUUUUGAAGCAUUUCAUUACAUAAAGAAACCUAGAAAACAAUAA